AUGGCGUGGAAAACACCCAGGAUACUGACGUCGCCGUCGACAAACUCCAAGGAUGACUCAAGCUUUCCGGGCCUCAAGCCCCCCGGUCCGGAUGCGACGACCAAGAUUGAGUACGAAGAGCUCCAGAGGAACGAGAUUUUUGCCUUAGAAGCCAUUUAUGGAGAUGAUUUUAUCCAGCAUACGGCGGCGCACAGCGCCUGGAAGAAGUCCGACCCGUCUUUCGACAUACGAAUAAAAGCCCCGAGUGAUGAAGAGUUUACUGUUACUGUUGGCUUUACCAUUACCGCGACGUAUCCAAAGACACCGCCGCUUUUGACCCUCAAGGGCCAGAACUACCUCCGAGAGGUCACCUUGUUCAAGAUUCAGAAGUUUUUGGAAACGCAACCGAAGAUUUUCGCCAAGGAAGCAGAAGAGAUGGUCUACAAGAUUGUUGAGGGUAUUCAAGAUAUCCUUGAGGAUGCUGCGCAGGCAAAGGCAUCUGGUAAACAGCUGCCGUCGCUGGAAGAAGAGCGAGAUAGACAUGAAGCAGCCUUGGCAAAGCUGGCGCUGGCGCAAAAGGAGAAGGAGAAGCGCCUAGAAGAAGAGGAGAUGAAGGAAAAGGAGAAGGCUGCUGCUGAAGAAUUACAACAAGAGCUUCAGCGACAGAAGCAAAAGGCGAGAGAGUCAAAGUUCAGCCGACGCUCAAAUGGCUUGAGCCCCCACCGGCCAUCCUCAUCUUCGAUCUCGGAUGGCGAGACGAUUGAGUUUGAUCAAUUCUGCACCUUAACUGAUCGCAUGGGAAAUACUUUGACGUUCAGAUCUGUCACGGGCAAAUCUGACCCUCGUAGCGGAGAGGCUUCCACCGUUUAUACCGUGCGUCCAGUUCUCUCCAAUGGCCAAGGAAACCAGUUAUUGGCCUUGAAGGAGGCUGUCUUGCGUCCAAAUGGUAAAGAUCAGAAAGAAUUCAAGAAACAACUGCAGUCUUUAGAAUCUCGGCUACAAGAUCUCAAGAUUGGGAACAAGAUUCACCACCGACAUCUCGUCGACAUUCUUGAUUUCAAGGUUGAGAGUGGUGCAGCCGCUGAUCGCACCGCAUCCAACACGUGGACGGUGAGGGUCCUAACCCCGUUGGCUGAGAGAGGCUCACUGGAGGAAUUGCUAGAGCUAGCAGGCCAUCUAGAGAUAGCAAAAGUUCGAUCUUGGACAAGAGAUCUCUUGGAUGCGCUGAACUUUCUUCACAACAAGAACAUAGCGCAUCAAGACAUCCACCCAGGGAACAUCCUUCUCUUUAGAGAAUCUACUGGCGAAAUCGUGCCAAAGAUAUCUGAUGCCUCAUAUCAGAGAGAGAUUCAUAAUCUAACCUCUAAGAAGCAAGGCCCCAUUGGACUCACCACCGCAAAAUCUGCGUACUGGCUGCCACCUGAGAUUGCAGCGGCUACCAAACCUCAGUAUACAUCCAAGGCUGAUAUAUGGGACUUUGGUAUUGUUUUUGUACAGAUGGUUUUUGGGCUGGAUGUGCUUCGCAAAUAUUCUUCUCCGAAAAAUCUGAUGGAAUCGUUGAUGCUCUCCCAACCCCUCCAAGAGCUAGUCAGCCGUUUCUUCAAAGACGAUAGGCAGAAAAGGCCGAGAGCAUUUGAACUUGGUGCUAAUUUUGUGGAAGAGGGAAGACUUGGUAAGGGCGGGUUUGGUGAAGUCGUCAAAGCUAGGAAAAAGCUGGAUGGGCAAAUAUAUGCCAUCAAAAAAAUCACACAGCGUUCACAGACAAGCCUUACGGAAAUUCUCAAGGAAGUCCGACUGCUCUCACAGCUUAGCCAUCCUGCCGUCGUACGGUAUUACAACACCUGGGUUGAAGAAAUCCCUGAUUCAACCGACACCGAGGGUGAAACGUCAACCGAUGAUUACACAGAGGAUACCCGAGACACGGGCAACGAAUCUGCUGGCAUUGAUAUCCAGUUCGCUACAAGCACUGGUGGCCUGGAUUUUAUUUCGUCCAAUGCUGGAGUAGAGUUUAACUAUGAUUCUGACGAAGACGAGGAUGAUGAGGACGACAAUGAGUCUUCUGAUGAAGAAGAAGACGAUGAUCAAAGCUCUAUUGUGGACUCCGUUGGUCAUCGAGAAAAGCUUCAUGAGAAGGAUAGGCUAGCUGUCCUGCAGCGUCGCGCUCGGAUGCACCGAUCUUAUCGAACUGUUCUCUACAUCUCCAUGGAGUACUGCGAGAAGCGAACUUUGAGAGAUCUUAUCGCGCGCAAGUUGUAUAAAAAUACUCCAGAAGUGUGGCGACUAUUCAGACAGAUUCUGGAAGGCCUGGCGCACAUCCAUUCGUUGAGUAUUGUUCACCGUGAUCUCAAGCCGGAGAACAUAUUCAUUGCAAGCAGUGCCGAUGGCGUGGAUAAUGUCAAGAUUGGCGACUUUGGUUUGGCAACCAGUGGCCAGUUCUCUGUGGACCGAGCCACUGCCAACGGCUAUGAAGCAGAUGACAUGACGAGGAGUAUUGGAACAGCCUAUUACUCUGCUCCAGAAGUGAGAUCUGCGUCCAAUGGGAUGUAUAGCACUAAAGUCGACAUGUAUUCUCUCGGAAUCAUUUUCUUUGAAAUGUGCUAUCUGCCUAUGAUGGGCAUGCAAAAAGCCGAUGUCCUUGGGCAGCUUCGACGUCCAGUCCCUGUUCUCCCCUCAGAUUUCCGCCCCCCUGAAAAGACUCAAACGGAAAUUGUGCUCUCGCUAGUCAACCACAAUCCCAAAGAGCGGCCAUCCAGUGCUGAUCUGCUGAAGAGUGGUAAAUUGCCAGUCCAGAUGGAGAGUGAAACCAUCAGAAGGACUUUGGCCGGAUUAGCGGACCCUAAUUCGCCGUAUUACCAGAAGAUGUUGUCGACGCUGUUUGCACGGCCCGUGGAGGCGGCUAAGAAUUUCGCGUGGGAUAUGAAUGGCACCACACCUAGUUCUGCCGAGCUUCUGAACCAAAGCAUUGUCAAGAAUGCGUUGAUAGCCAUUUUUCGCCGCCACGGAGCCCUCGAAGCAACACGAACUUCGAUAUACCCCAAGACGGUGCACCAGGCUGACAACGCUGUCCGACUUCUUGACUCUAACGGUACCGUUCUCCAGCUUCCUUAUGACCUUACGAUGGGACAUGCUCGAAUGUUGGCAAAACACUCGCAAACUCCUCCUCUGCAGCGCACCUUUACGUUUGGUAGCGUGUUUAGGGAUAAGCAAGAUACGGGACAGCCUCAGAUGUUUGGUGAGGUGGAUUUUGACAUCGUCACGAUCGACACACUGGAUCUGGCAUUAAAAGAGGCCGAGGUCUUGAAGGUCCUGGAUGAGAUUCUUCAUACAUUUCCAUCCUUGUCUGCAUCACAGAUGUGCUUCCACAUCGGACACUCUGACAUACUUCAACUCAUUUUUGAGCAUUGUGGUAUUCCAACUUCUUCUAGAAGGGCAGCAGCAGACGUCUUAUCCAGGUUAAACAUUCACAACCAUACGUGGCAGAAGAUUAGGAUGGAGCUUCGAUCCCCUGCUGUGGGUAUAUCGGCCACUAGUAUUGACGAACUUCAGCGUUUCGAUUUCCGAGACACACCAAACAAAGCGUUUGCAAAACUCAAGCUCGUCUUUGAGGGCAGCGAUAUGUACCAGCGGGCCGCGUCGACAAUAGCGCAUCUCAAGGAGGUGGUUGAGUAUACCAAACGAUUGGGCAUCACUACCAAAAUCUAUAUAAACCCUCUCAACAGUCUCAAAGAAGGCUUUUAUAUCGGUGGCAUCCUGUUCUCUUGCAUCUACGAUAAGAAAGCCAAAGAUGUGUUUGCCGCCGGUGGCCGUUUGGCUUGGGAAAGGUUGGCAAAAACGCCAAAAUCAGGCGGCUAUUCGUUCUUGAAGAAGAGCGAAGAAGACGUGAGCAGCAUAUUCAGCAGUAAACGUUGCGAUAUUCUGGUGGCAAGCUUUGACGCAGCAACCCUUCGAUCCUCUGGUAUUGAGGUAUUGCGGCUACUUUGGUCACACGAUAUCAGUGCAGAACUUGCUAGAGACUCAAGGUCUCCAGAAGAUCUCAUGUCAAAACACCGAGAUGAGAGCUAUUGUUGGAUCAUUAUCAUCAAGCAAGAUUCGAUGCUGAAAAUUAAGACUGUGGGAAAGAAGGAUGUACCGGAUGUGGAUAUACCCAUGGCGCAGCUCCUUUCUUGGCUAAGACCUGAGAUACGAGACCGAGACAGCAAAGCCGCAGCAAAGUUCCGCGGAACGCCCGAGCCUGCAACGCAAGGCGAGAAAGAUCACGAGCAAGAAGUCAAGAUUUUGGUUGCCCAAACCAAGAGCAAAAAGUUCAAUCGGCGUACAGUAGUGGAACAAGCACAGAUCACCGCAGCCUCGCUGAUGAACUCGUUCCUCGAAGGCCCCAUCUUGGCCAUUGAAACCAGCGACCACCUAAUGGAGCUUGUACAGAGUACAACCUUGUCGGACCCUGAGAGCUGGCGGAGGGCUGAACAUGGCGUGGCAACGUCGGAGAAGAAGAACGUCCGUGAAAUUCAUGAUCAACUUGACACUUGGAGGUACAAGUAUGAAAAGAAGGGUGGCUCGAAGCAUUCGUUCUUGUACAACUUCCGGUCAGGGACAUGCAUGUACUACGAUUUAUCUGGCUGA